AUGGGAUGCUUUUUCUCUAGACGCUUUAUUGAAGCGGAAAAUGGAAAAAUGAGGUUCCGCAUUAUCGAUGGUAGACGAUUUCAUGAUAUUUCGAAUUCAGAGUAUUUUGUUCCGAAUGAUGAUGAAGAAGCUGAUCGUUUAGUUGGAUUUCAUUAUGCAAUGAAAGAUAUUUGGGGAGGAUUAUUUUAUUCACCUGUUGAAGAAAAGUUAAGACAAGGGGCUCGUGUUAUUGAUUUAGGAUGUGGAGCUGGAACUUGGAUUUUGGAUAUGGCAAAACAAUAUCCCUAUUCAAAGUUUGUGGGAGUAGACUUAUCUCCAAUUUUUCCAACAGAAGGACUUCCUUCAAAUGUGGAGUUUAUCGAAUACAAUGUGUUGGAUAGAUUACCAUAUGAAGAUUCAUUUUUCGAUUUCGUUCACCAAAAAAUCAUGCUUGCUGCGUUUACAGAAGCACAAUGGGAAGAGAAUGUUAUCCCAGAAAUGACAAGGUUAACUCGACCAGAUGGAUGGGUCGAGAUAUUAGAAGUUGCUGGUUAUCUUGUCUCUGAUGGAAACGCUACAAAUAGAAUUUCAGAAGCUUUCCGAAAUUUUUAUACGUCGAGGGGAAUGAACUUUGAUAUCUGGAAAGAAAUUCCGCACCUUCUUGAAAACACAAACGCGUUUUCAGAAAUUAGAAAGGAAACCAAAGCUAUAGUUCUAGGCAAAAAAGGUGGCAUACCUGGGCAAGAGACUCUAAGAUAUUGUACUGUUGGACUCAGGGCUUGCAGAAGCUUUUUAUCAGCAGAUAUGGAUAUAAUGCCCGAACAUUAUGAUUCUCUUGUAGAAGUAAUCUCUAUUGAGGCGGAAAAAACUACUACUUAUUAUAAUCAAUACCGAUAUUGUGCUCAUAAGAAUAUUUCAAAUUAA